AAUUUCUCGCGGCUCGGCGCGCCCCGGCCCCGACGCGCCGUAGCGGAGGCGAGCGGGGAGGCGGGACGGGGCGUGGAGAGCGGCGGGGCCGGCGGGAGGACGCGGUGCCCGCGGACGCUCGCCCGGGGCCCAUGCCGCGCCGCUGCCCGCACCCCUGCCGUCCGCGUCCGCGGCCGCCUCCAGCCGCCCGCCCAGGGCUCGAGCGUCCGCCUCGGGGCCCCGAGCGAUGCCCGCUGGGCGCCCGAGAAACUUUGUCGGCUGCUCGGGAGGCAGCGGCGGCCCCGCGCCGCGCUCGGCCAGGCUCGCCACGCCGCGGCCAAUAAAAGGUUUAUGACAUCUGACCAGCAGUGAAGGUAUGCGAGCUCCCAAUUGCCCUGUGUACGCGGAGAAGAGCAGUUUUCCCGUCGCCUGGCAACGCGGCUGACUGACGCAGGGCACGGCCAAUCGCUGCCCCGGAGCCUUCACGUAAAUGGGUCCAGUCAUGCCUGCCAGUAAGAAGCCCGAGAGCUCAGGAAUCAGUGUGUCUAGUGGACUGAGUCAGUGUUACCGGGGCAGUGGCCUGUCCAAGGCCUUCCAGGAAGACGAUGGCCUUGACUUCCCUCUGCCUGAGAUCAGAUUAGAAGAGGGGACCAUGGAAGAUGAAGAGCUGACCAACCUGAACUGGCUGCAUGAGAGCAAGAACUUGCUGAAGAGCUUUGGGGAGUCGGUCCUCAGGAGCGUCAGUCCCGUCCAGGACCUGGACGACGACACCCCGCCUUCCCCCGCCCGCUCGGACAUGCCCUACGAUGCCAGGCAGAACCCCAACUGCAAGCCCCCCUACUCCUUCAGCUGCCUCAUAUUUAUGGCCAUUGAGGACUCUCCAACCAAGCGCCUGCCGGUGAAGGAUAUCUACAACUGGAUCUUAGAACAUUUCCCGUAUUUCGCUAAUGCGCCUACUGGGUGGAAGAACUCAGUGAGACAUAAUCUGUCCCUGAAUAAGUGUUUCAAGAAAGUGGACAAAGAGAGGAGUCAGAGCAUUGGGAAAGGGUCAUUGUGGUGCAUAGACCCAGAGUAUAGACAAAAUCUAAUUCAGGCUUUGAAAAAGACACCUUACCACCCUCCUCCUACUCCUCAGGCUUAUCAAAGCACAUCAGGUCCACCCAUCUGGCCGGGCAGUACCUUCUUCAAGAGAAAUGGAGCCCUGCUUCAAGAUCCUGACAUUGACGCUGCCAGUGCCAUGAUGCUUUUGAAUUCUCCCCCUGAGAUACAAGCAGGUUUUUCUCCAGGAGUGAUACAAAACGGAGCGAGGGUGCUGAGCCGAGGGCUGUUUCCAGGCGUCCGCCCAUUGCCGAUUACUCCCAUUGGGGUGACAGCAGCCAUAAGGAAUAGCAUCACCAGUUGCCGGAUGCGGACUGAGAGCGAGCCGCCGUGUGGCUCCCCGGUGGUCAGCGGCGACCCCAAGGAGGACCACAACUACAGUAGUGCCAAGUCCUCCAAUGCCCGAAGCACGUCUCCCACCAGCGACUCUGUCUCCUCCUCCUCCUCAGCUGACGACCACUACGAGUUUGCCACGAAGGGGAGCCAGGAGGGCAGUGAGGGCAGCUUCCAGAGCCGAGAGAGCCACAGUGAGACAGAGGAGGAUGACAGGAAACCCAACCAGAAGGAGGCCAAGGAUGCCCUGGGGGACAGCGGGUACGCAUCCCAGCACAAGAAGCGACAGCACUUCGGCAAGGCCAGGAAGGUCCCCAGCGACACACUGCCCCUCAAAAAGAGACGCACGGAAAAGCCGCCCGAAAGCGACGAUGAGGAGAUGAAAGAGGCGGCCGGGUCGCUCCUGCACUUGGCAGGGAUUCGGUCCUGUUUGAACAACAUCACCAAUCGGACGGCCAAGGGGCAGAAAGAACAAAAGGAAACCACAAAAAAUUGAAACAAGUCUCUGAUUUGUUUUGAACUUAAUGGCCAUUUGGUUUCAGCAUGUCAGGAGAUUUCUAAUGAUUUGUGGCAAUAUCAGCAAUUUUUUUUUCUUUUUCUUUUUUACUUUUGUUGGUUUGGUUUUCUUUUCUUUCUUUCCUUUUUUUUUUUUUAAUUUGCCCCCCCCUUCCCAGUCCUUUGUUUUUGGACCCUUAAGAAUUUUCUGUUUAAAGGAGAUUGAAGCCAUAGAAACUCAUUGACACUCAGCCGUUUUACAAAAGCUUUUCUUUAUCUGAAGACAAAAACCGAAAAAAAAAAAAAAAAAAGCCAAAAUUAACCAUUGCUUCCUGCAGCCUGUCAGAAACCUGCGGCCAAACCCACAGGGAUGGCAGUGUUGAUGCCACAGGAACACUCAAAAACCACCUGGGCGGCACACAUGCAAGGGCAUCACUCCUCAGGCCCAACCCUUAGGUUUAAAAGUCAGUUGUGUUCAGAGGGAAGCUGGGAAGCGACUGCAGAUACUGAAGAGCCGGCGUCCCCUAGGGUAACCCCAUACCCUGUCCUUGGCAUCCCCCUGUGCCAGAAAAUGGCAGCGGCAUCGCCGUGUGGUAAGCCAGGGCUCGGUUGCCAGUCUUGUGUGCUUCUUAACCCUGAACCUGGUCACAUCUCACAAGUUGACUACUGUUCAGGUAUAUCGGGUGUCUGUGACUGAGCUGGAAAAACAGGGGAAAUUCUUAGAGCCAUUGCUAACCACUGAAUUCUGCUCUAUCUUAAGAGGUUCCAAAAGCCAUAAGCCUGAAGGUUGGCCCUGUGUACACACACACACACACACACACACACACACACACACACGCAUGCACCAGUGCAAAACUCAACAGUGAUGCAGAAAACAAGCUGUGCCCUCUUAACUGCCCAAGUGAAAAGCAAUCAUGUUGAAGAAAUGACAGUAGCUGUUAAGAAAGGAAAAAUGGUACAGGAUUCUUUCCCAUCUAUACAAUCUGAUCCAAGUCGGGAGGGGGGUGUGCUACGGAAACUGCCAUUAGUAUUACGGUGUCUUUCUAAGAGGUUAAAGGCGCAUUGAUGGACACGAAAAGCAAAAUCAUGGCAAAAAAUACAACUCCUGUUCUGCCCUCAAAAAGGGUUUGCAAUUAAUGUCAGGACUCAUUUUUUUGCAAAAAAGAAAAAAAAAAUCAGUGAUUUUUCACAUUCAGCCAGUUUAGCCAGCAGAAAUUUCCGAUCCACAAUGCAUGGAUUCCUUCGAAGAAAAAAAAAAAGAAAAAGAAAAAAAAAUCACAAAAACAAACUUUUUUUUAUUCAAAAAUAACAAAGUUCUUGUAAGGUAAAUAAUGUAUUUAGCAUGAAGCAUGAAUUAUUUUCAUAUAAAUAUAGAAAAUAGAGAGAAGGCUAUGCCUCUAAUUUUUAAGCCCUUAGGCUUAGAGGUUCUUUUUUUUUUUCCUUUCUUUUUGUUUCUUUUUUUCCCCUUUUUUCUUUCCUUCCUUCCUUUUUUCCCUUUUUUUUUUUUUUUUUUGUUGUUAUUUUGUUUUGGUUUUUUGAAGCAGGUGUUUAAGGUUUAACCUUCUUCAGGGACAAAUUCUGACUGUUGGGGAACUUACUCUGCAAUAUAAAUUAUUCUCACGCUCUGGUAGGGCUUGGAUGGUUGAGCUCUAUACUGCCUUGUCUGCACUCAGCCCCGACCCCUCUGAUUCUCUAUUGAAGAGUGUGUCCUUCCCUUUGUCUGUAUGUCUUUAACAUGACGCAAUAAUUCGAGGGCAAACAGUAGUGUGUAUGAUAGAAUCAAGAGAAUUACGGGACGCUUACUUGAGAAGAAUCAUUACCAUGAUUUGGUUCCAGGAAAAAGGCAGUGAAUAAUUAUGCAAAUUCGCCAGAAGAAGGGGAAACAUGCUAAUGGGCCUUAUUGGGUGAGGGUAAGAGAUAGGGUACAUGGGUAGGAGGAAGUAGGUGAUAAAGGGGUCAGAUGGGCCUACUCCUUCCACUGCGACUGCGUGGUUUCCCAGUGAGAAGGGGUCUGGCCGUCUCUGCCGCUUCAGCACAGUAACCACCUUGGGACUAAGACCACCUAGAUUGCAAGAGCUUGAAUAAACAACCAGACCAUGUCACACAAGCCAGAAACUCCAGUUACCUUUGCCAAAAACAAAAAAAAAUAAUAAUUUUUUUUCCUUGAGGUCUAAAGAGAAAUCCCUAAAACAAUAUGGCUUCCCAUCCAAAUGGAGGGAUCUUUUUUUUUUUUAAAGAACCAAAACACUACCCGGGCUCAGGGUCAGAUGUUUGGGAGAAAGAGGAAACUGAGGUGACCUUGAACCUUUGAAACAGGGCAGUAGUGGGCCUUUAAAGCUUUGUCCACCUGUCAGAACCAGGUAUCGUAGCAACGGCAACAGCCUGGAAGGACCCAUGGUCAUCUGGUGCAUUCCCCCAACCUAACCUGAGUGCAGCUUUAGAAAGAAUGGGGGGCUCCCGCUUUCGAGGGGGGCACUAGAUAUCUCCCCCACCUCACCCAAGCCUGGGCUCUCUCAGCUUGGGGGUUCAGGGUCAGAUGAGAGUGUGGCAAGUUCUCCAGUGCUCUGGGCCCUCUUUAUCCACAAACCUCUGAUGACCCACAAGCCAUCCACAGCUCUGGAACCUGAGCCCCACUUGAUUUCUGUUGUUACCUAACCAAGCCCAAAAAAGGCCAUUAUACCCCUACCCACACCCCGCCCCCAAGAUGUUCAAACUCAGACCUGAAGGUAAAGGUGAGCACUCAGCACUGUUUCUGGCAGGGGACUUCUUCCGAUGAAAACCCCACGUGGGCUGUCUCCCCUCCUUUCAUUUUUUUCCCGAAGGGGCAGAGGCCUCCUUCAGAGAUAACAAGAUGCAGUGUGUGUGUGUGAUUUACUUUUCUGAUCUCGCUGAGAUCUGGAAAACUAUCUUAUACAAGUGUGUUCUGAACCCCAGAACCACUCUUUUUGCAUAAAUACCUCAUCGGGCAGCUUUCUAAGUGUUAUUUUCCUGAGCCUCCCUUGGCACCUUCGUUGGAAUUUUCUGGAAGACUUGUUGGGGAAACUUUAGUAAGGGUACUUUUUUCUAUUUUCCUUCUGUUUUGGGAGGCAUACACAUGAUGCACAACCAAAACAAUGGCUCAAUUGUGUUCAACUCUGUAUUUUGACUGUUGAGGCGAAAACAAAGUUAUCAAUGUGUAUGUGGCUGUUUGUAGCGAAGUCUGCCGAAUGAGGCUGUCCACGUCCUUAACAAGCCAAGGGGCGGGAGGCACCCUCUCUUUCCCCUCCCCCAAGAGCAGUAGAGAAUUUAAGCACAAGCCUAUUUGUGAAAGAAUAUUUUGAUUAAGUGUAAUUCACUUUAGUCUUGGACUUUUCUUCCCAAACGUCAGGUGUUCUUUUAGCUUUCAAACUAGCCUGUGUAUCCAUUAGUCUGACAGAUCACCUGAGCAGUGUUAAAGGGGCGUGGUGUUUUUCUUUCUUCCUUUCUUUCUUGCAUUUCUCCUAUGGGGAGAAGUGGUGAUUCAUGUGUCAUUCCGGUAUAUCACAUACUCACAUUGGGGAGGGGGGGAGGGGGCAAACGGGGAACUAUAGCAAUAUUUACAGAUGCUUUGGAAACACAUCAGCACCGUGAUAGAACAACUACUGGCUGUCGGCCCUCGGACACACCUAAGAGAAGAGGUUCGCUUUCUUCUCUUAGGUGAAAUACACAUCGUCAUUUUUAUCCUAGUCUUGAUAGUCUCUCCUCUUUCUCCAGUACUUUGUGGAAAGGGUUUGCAUCAUAAGAUUUUUCUUUGGAAUAUAUCGCCAAACUCCUACUUCCCUCCCUCUCUCCAGUCAGUAUAUUUUUCAAGAGUUCUUUCAGUAAAGCUGGCUCUAUGAAACUAAAGCUGAAGCAAACCCGCAUGCGGAUGGUGGCGUAAGGAAACCGUGGUCAGGAUGCCUGAGGCAGGUCUCCAUCUCGAGGCUGAGUCUUUAAGGAGGAAUGGGUUGGUGCCCUUUCCUGAGAAUGGGUUUUUUUUUUUCAUGUCCAGUGCUUUCUCUUCAUAGCAGUUCCUACCACGGGGCAUUCUAGGAGGAGUAUUGUGUUUGGUGGUACCCAGGCAAGAGAUGGGGUGGCUUUGGUGCCUAGCCUAAAGUCCACAGCAGGCCCAUUUGCAGCACCCCAAGCCACCAAUCUGGGUUUUAGUGGUGCCACUCUGGGACCUCUGGCCUCUCCCUGCAGGGAAGGGGCCUAGGACAUGAUGCCAGAGUUCCAGACAAAUGACCUUCAUGGGAGGCUUUUCCAUAUAUGAAAUUAGAUUAAAUUCAAUGUGAUUUCUUUUUCCCCUUUCAAAUCGCAUUCAGGUUGGGACUCUAUUUCUUUCUGGUGGAUCACAGCUGCCCAGAUGUUGCAAUUGGUUUCUGUGUUUCUAUAGAGAAGUCCUUUUCUUUCAUCUUCAGGAGUUCUUCGAUUUUUUUAUUUUUUUAAUUUUUUGGCCACCAAAAGAAAACAUUGGAACAUAUGCCCCCUCUUGAUUGUGACUUACCAGUGUUGACAGUUCAGUCCUUUGUGUUGUAGGUCCCAGCCCACCAGUACUAUAUCAAACACUGUUAGGCACAUGAUGCAGCACUGUGAUCUAAUUUAAAUAAUACUUUUUUAUUAUUUAUACUACUAUAUAUAAUAUACAUCAACACUUUUGCUAUAUAACCUAAGUGAUAAACCCUUUUAGUUACCUGUCAGACUCUAGACUUUGGUUUCUAUUGCAGUUAACACAGUUACAGAAUUGUAAUGGUGUCUUGUUUUUUCAUUUUUGUUUUCCUUUGUAACGGAAUGUGUAAAUCAAAGUAUAUACAUUGUGUGGUGUUCCUGUUUCUUGGGAUGUCAUGAGGAGUUACACACGGCAUUCAGUGUUCUGUAUAGACCCGCCCACCUUUGUGAAUUCAUCCGUUAAACUCCUCUUCCUUUGAGAGCGCGCCAGCCGUGGUGGCUAGCUCCCAGCGUCCUCUCUCCUGCUGGCUAUUCUUGAAUUAAGCACAGACUCGUCCACUCGGUUGCUUUAUCAUGAAUAAGGGGUGUGACCUGGUCACUCUUCCACCCUUCAGCAAACAAGUGCUAGCUUCACUGACCAAAAAUUAAGGAAGGAAAACAUCACCUUUGAAACGAUCCACCUUUUCAUGGCCGAAACGGAUGUUAGUCUAUGGUGCUGCCUCGUGCUGCCGAGCUUCUGGAACGAGACCGCUGUGGAAUGACCAUUUCUGACUUGCUGUGGGAUGCUCGCCAGCAUCCUGCCUGUCUCCUUAGUAUUGGAAGUCGAGACUCUUUAUCUGGGAUCUAUACAGCAGCGUUGCUCCACUGUUUCUCACUUGCAAAAGCGGAGAAUGCGCCUUCUCCGCCCUUUUGCAAAGAAUUGAUACUCCAUAUUGGAUUCUCUAAAGACUUCGAUAUGGUGAUCCUGUCAAACCUAGAAGCUGUAUUUUAUCUUUUCAUACCUGGUUUUCCCAUUUUCCCCGUUUUAGAGAAAACAGCACACUUUUGGUUGUGGACACAUUCACCAUUUCUUGAGUAGUAUGUGUGUUGAAGCCAUCCAAGGUCAUAGCUGGCUCCGCCAGUCUCGCCAUUGUCCUCACUGCCUGUACUGCCAUGGUGGACACUGGGAGGGAAAGAGUAUCUGUGUGUGUCUGGGAAACGGCUACAUGGGCAUUUGUCUAAUACUCUGUAACAUUUCUGAGUUUUGUUAUAAUUUUUCAGAAAACAAAACAAAACCACCACGAUGAUAAAGCAGAAGACCACAGGUUUGUGGCCGGAUCUUAGGGUCGCCUGACCUUUCCUGGCCAACAGGUCAACAUGGCCAAAUCAAUUUACAAGAGUAAUAAUUUCAUCAGAAGCCAAUUUUUUUUUCUGUGUUUCUGUACGAAACUGCCAAUAUCAUGAACAGAAGGGGAGAACCAUGAAGGAGAAAGAGAAUGCUGAUGGGUGGUGGUUGCAUUAACGUAAAGAGGCGGUGUGGAGAUGGCGCCAUCAGCCAGGCUCAAGGGACUUGCGUUGCUUGGGAGGGAUUCAUACAACAUUUUGCGUUCUUCAUGUGUAAUCAUAUUGCCAAAGACAAACUACUUCAUCAUUUAUUGUAAAUAACACUUCCCCCAGACCUACCAUAAAGUUUCUGUGAUGUAUUGUCUUCCAGUUGCAAUAAAAAUUACUGAGUUGCAUCAAUUGAAGAUAA